AUGAGACCAUUAUUGUUAAAAGGGCAUGAACGUUCACUUACGCAGGUGAAAUAUAACCGUGAAGGUGAUUUAAUUUUCACUGUUGCCAAAGAUAAAGAAGCUUCUGUUUGGUAUUCAUUCAAUGGUGAAAGAUUAGGAACUUUCAGUGGCCAUGGUGGUACUAUUUGGUCUAUUGAUGUUGAUCAAAAAUCUGAAUUGCUUUUAACAGGGUCUGCUGAUUUCAGUGUUAAAUUAUGGAAUGUUUCAAAUGGUGAAAAUGUUUUCACUUGGAGUUGUGUAUCUCCAGUUAGAAGAGUUGAAUUUAAUCCAUCAAAUGAUAAAUUUUUAGCUGUUAUGGAUGCUGUUAUGGGUCAUAAGGGUGAUAUUUCAGUCUUCAAUAUCAAUAAAGAAACACCUACAAAACAAGAUGAAGAACCAAUAUUAGUUAUUCCAACUUAUGAAGGAUUAGAAAGAGUUAGUGUUGCUGGUUUCUCAUACUUGGGUAAAUACAUUAUUGCUGGUCAUCAAGAUGGUACUGUUUCUAAAUAUGAUGCUAAAACUGGUGAAUUCAUAAACUCUGUCAAAGUUCAUGAAGGUUUAGUUACUGAUUUACAAUUUUCAGAAGAUAGAACAUAUUUUAUCACAUCAUCAAAAGAUAAAUCAUCUAAAAUAUUAGAUGUUGAUAAUUUAAAUAUUUUAAAGAAAUUUGAAUCAGAUUCACCUUUAAAUUCAGCUGCUAUAACACCAUUGAAAAAUUUCGUUGUUUUAGGUGGUGGUCAAGAAGCUAGAGAUGUUACUACAACCGCUGCUAAUCAAGGUAAAUUCGAAGCAAGAUUCUAUCAUAAAAUUUUUGAAGAUGAAAUUGGUAGAGUAAAAGGUCAUUUCGGCCCAUUAAAUUAUAUUGCUAUUCAUCCAAAAGGUACUGGUUAUGCGUCUGGUGGGGAAGAUGGUUAUGUUCGUGUUCAUAAUUUUGAUAAAUCUUAUUUUGAUUUCAAAUAUGAUGUUGAAAUAACAGCUGAAGCUGCUGCUGCUUCAAAAGAAAACAAUCAAGAUUAA